GAGGGAGAAGGAGGAGGGGAGGAUGAACCGCUUUACAUUUUGCAAUAAAAUAUUUUAUGACUGAACACAUCCCACAUUGCAACUGAAACAUUAUGAAAUGAACACUUUUGAUCCAUGGGUUUGCAGAAACUGGCUAAAAUGGGAGUUAUACCCGGAAUGAUUGGGGGCGACUCUGAGAGAAAGUCACUGAUGGCGUCAUAGGCGCUGAGACGCGCGUCGAUACGGAGAAAAGUCUUUCCUGGAACUCAGGCGGAAUCAGCACACCAAAGCCCACAGUUGUUUCGGCUACACUUUUAGGCUGGUAACCGGCUGAAACUCUUCAUUAGCGAAAAUCGUACCGGAUGCCACAUCUUUCAGCCACGUCUUUGCUCCAGGGUUAUUGAUUUUGAACGUCGGCGAUAUUCACAUAGAGAGCUGCUGUAGUGUAAGAGAGGCUCUGGGGAAGGUUUUUAAACAAGCACAAGCUCAGGAAACUUUCAGAGGCGUUUGAGGAAUCUGACUGAAGCCUUCACUCAUACGAUGAUCCUCUGCGUUCAAGGUCCCAGAGCCCUGUUAGGAGACUCACAGUCUCAGGUGGUUCCACUCGGGGUUUCGGUCCUCUCUUCCUCAUCAGCACAUUGUCUUCAAAGCACCCCGAAGUUCUGGGAACCCAGUAAAGACCUGUGCACCAUCACCAGCAACUUCUGUUACCUCGAUGCAUCAGGGUGGUACUGGGGCACCAUCACAGCCAGCGAGGCACAUUCACUCCUUGAGGCGGCCCCAGAAGGCACAUUCCUCAUUCGGGACAGCAGUCACCCACUCUACAUGCUGACGUUAUCGGUUAAAACAGUACGCGGCCCCACUAAUGUACGCAUUGAGUACAGUCACGGGCGCUUCCAGCUAGAUUCGAGUUCACCAGCCCGAGCACGCCUGCUUUCUUUUCCUGACGUGCUGAGUCUGGUUCAGCACUAUGCUACCUCAGCAAGGGGACGUGACACUGUUCAGGACAAAGAGUGUGAUAAUGUAACUCCCCUGGUACCUAAGGAGUGUGCUGUGCUGCUUAAGCUGAAACGUCCACUCCGCCAGCCUCAGGCUUUUCCAUCCCUACAGCAUCUUGCUCGCUUGGCUAUUAAUCGGUAUACAACCUGCCCAGAGAAGCUGCCUUUACCAAAGCCAUUACUGCAGUACUUACAGGAAUACCCUUUCCAGCUCUGACAUCACCAUGGAAACACCAACUUGAACAUAAAAGAACACUGAUGUCAUUAUGAAAAUGAUUCAGGUGAAAGCUCAUUUCCAGAGAAAUGGGGCUUUGACUCACUAACUAAUGGUGGCUAUAUUUAAAGUGAAAGAACACUUUUUUUCUCUUUUGCUUGUUCUGAUUAAUUUAUUCAUUGUACAACUUUUUUUUCCCUGUGGGAUAAAAUUAGAUUUCCUGUUCCCAAAUACUGAGUAAAUCGGAAAUUCACUGGAAUCUAAAAUUUCAAAUGACAAAAACCGAAAAAGAUGUUUGCAGCUAAUUCUGAUGUUGUCUGUAGGUUAUACUGUAAUAGCUUUCAUUACACCAUAUACUUUUAGAUGAACUUUAAAAAAGACAUUGAGACUACUGUGGGUUUGAUUCUCCUUACACCAUACCCUAUCCCUAGUCACAUCUCUUUACAGUGAUCGAUUACAAAAUGAAAGCUACACAAUUUUCCCCAUGGCGUGAGCUACAACACUAAUGUAUCUAAGCAAAAGAUGCAUAUAGAGCUGUUUAGCAUAGUUAAAACUCCAUGCUUAAGUCAUCACACACUUGCCUAAAACUAUAGUGUUAUCAGAAAUGGAAUUAUCGUGAUUUCAGGCACUGUUUGACAAAAAAACCAUCAAAAAUGACUUUGUGACGUUAAAGACGGUAUAAGCAGACAUUCUGAAGACAGAAUAACUAGUUCAUUAGAGAAUACCACUCUGCACUACCCUCAGACUCAGACUAGCUACUUUAGCUAGCUACAGAGUGAUUCACAAAGCAGGAGUUAGCCAAAAUAAACAAGGUUUUUACCUCAGGUUCACUGAUCACAGGUAGAUUUUAUAGAAAAAGCAGAUUUAGGUGCGUUUUUAUAAUAAUCCUUUAUUUUCCUUAUCAGUUUUUCACAGUUUUUAUGGCUUGUGGCUGUAAUUCCAAGCCAGUUUGCUACAGUAAACAUUCAAAACCUGAGGAAGUCUGUGAAAAUGUUUAGAAGAAUGAUUUAUUUGGUUAUUGCAUCCUAAAACACAACACAGCUACUGUAGCUAGUUAACGUAACACAGCUAGUUAUUGUUUACGUUAGCAAUAUGUUCAGUGUACAGUUGUCACACAAAGUUUGAAAAAGAAUAUUAAUCGUUUUUCAUUUUAGUUUUCAAUUUUUUAGAAAGUCAAAUUAUUAAAGAAACUACCGUAAUUAAGGAAUUGUUAAUGAUAUUACUUAACAAUUAUAUGACAAGCGUGUGAUUAUUUUGGAGUUGCUUGCACAGUGCUAAACUAGCAACUACUGUAGAAGCCUCUGUUACUUAGCAAAUAUCAGAACAUAAUCUGGCAGACAAACAACUGUGGUUAGAGAAAAUUUGUGCAAAUUUCAUUGUUGUCCUGUUCUUAAAUUCGUAACUUCUAAAGAGUCUCAAGGGUGAGGGGCUGCCAGUUGAUCUUCACAGCUUGAAACAUGGCAGCCAAAUGCACACCAAUGUUAAGUCAUAGCCCUGUCUUGUCUCUUUUUCUUUCAUCCUUUUUACUUUUUCUACACAAAAUCUGUUCUGGUACAUACUGCUAUAUAAUCAGUCCAGAAUAAUUUAUUUUUUCUAUAACCACAAUGUGGGUGUUUGUAUAUAUUUAUGGACAAAGAUCCUUUUUUUGUAAUAAAAGAAAAAUACUGAACCA